AUGUCACUGGGACGGAUCUCCGAGUUCAACGAGGACAUGAGUUGGUCCACGUGGAUAGAACGUCUAACGUUCUACUGUGAGGGCAAUCUCAUCACAGCACCAGAGAAGAAGCGAGCGGUGCUGCUUACAAUGUGCGGGGAGUCUACAUACGAAACUCUGAAAGCCCUCCUUGCGCCACAACUUCCAUCUGAAGUGAGUAUUAGCAGUACAGCUUCGACGCCGGCGACAGAUAGGGCAUCAGGGGAUAGCCCACCACAGCAACAGGCAACGACGGAGCAGCCGACACCGCCCACAGCGUUGCCUCUAGACGUCAUGAUGAGAGACCGCUUCAUUUGCGGUAUUCGAGAUAAGAACCUGCAGCAACGCCUUUUAGUGGAGCGUGACGUAACAUUCGAUCGGGCUUUCAAGAUUGCUCUCGCAACGGAGUCAGCAGUGAGUCAGCAGGGUCAGCUGCAGUCGGCACAAGAACGAGACCAGGUUAACAUCGUUCGGAGAAAGUCCGCGGGACAUCGGAAGAAGACGACUAAAACACAAAGGUGCGGCCGCUGUUUGGGAGAUCACGAGGCAAAGGACUGUCGGUUCAAGAAUGCCAUAUGCAACAGGUGCAACAAAAAGGGCCACAUUGCGAGAGCUUGUAAGCAGCAACAUGGAGCGCCAGUGGCAGGAGACAGUCAUCACCUUGCUAGUGGGUCGGAUGAUGAGCGGAGUUCAUCCUCCAGUGAGCUCUACCAACUUAACCACGUCGGGGAUAAACUAGGUCAUCCAGACAUUCCCAAAUUCACAGUGACGCUCAAGGUAGAAGGAAAGCGCCUCAAUUUUGAAGUGGAUUCGGGAGCAGCUUGCUCGAUAAUCAGCGAACAGACUUAUCGGGAAAGGUGGCUACACAAUCCUCCGGAGCUAAAGAAAAAGACCACUUGUCUACGAACAUGGUCAGGCGAAGGCCUAAGGGCAUUAGGCACGACUCAAGUACGUGUGCGGUUCAAGACGAAGGACUUCAUUUUGACUCUGACUGUCAUGAGAGGAACUGGAUGUAAUCUUCUCGGACGAGAUUGGUUCAGGCCGCUGAACAUCAGAGUCAGCGGUAUUCAUCACGUUCAGGACUCAAGCCAGCUGCACACCCUUUUAAAGAAGUACGAAACUGUGUUUGUCGAAAACAUCGACGGUCACAAGGGUGGCCCGGUCUCACUGGAGCUGAAGGAGAACGCCGCGCCUUGCUUCCUGAAGGCUCGACCUGUCCCCUUCGCUCUUAGAAGUACAGUCGAGAAAGAAAUCGACCAGUUAGUCUCCCAAGGGGUGCUGGAGCCGGCACAGCACUCGGACUGGGCUACACCGCUCACGGUUAACCUGAGGACCAAGGCAUCAUCCUACCCGCUUCCCACUACCACCGAGGUCUUCACCAGACUUCGUGGAGGAAAAAUAUUUUCUACGCUGGAUUUGAAACAAGCGUAUCAGCAGCUCCGAUUGACCACUGCGGCUGCGGAAAUUUUGACUGUUAACACGAUUAAGGGUUUGUUCCGGGUGAAGAGGCUUCCGUUCGGAAUAUCGGCAGCUCCAGGAAUUUUCCAGCGGUUCAUCGACACCUUGCUGGCGGAUAUUCCAGGCACAAGCGCUUACCUGGAUGACGACGUCAUUGUCUGCGGAAAGGACAUAGAUGAACAUAACAGACGCCUGGAGCAGGUGCUCAGACAUCGCAUUGAUGCAGAAGGUCUGCAUCCGACAGACGACAAGGUCAAGGCAUUGCUUCAGGCCCCAUCACCAAAGUCCAAGACCGAAUUGAAAGCGUUUCUAGGCAUGCUGUCGUUUUACGACCGGUUCCUGAGAAACCGCGCCGCCAUAGCAAGGGAUCUGUAUGAAUUGCUUAAACACGGCAACAAAUCGCAGUGGCUGAAAAGGCACCAAUCGGCGUUCGAAAACCUCAAGAAGCUGAUAAACGAAUGUACUGUACUUGCCCACUACGACGAGACAAACCCAUUAGUAAUCGCGUGCGACGCCUCUCCAUACGGUGUAGGGGCCGUGCUUGCACAAGUUGACGACGAUGUCCGCAAACUGCCCGUUGCGUUUGCCUCGCGCACGUUGGGACGUGCAGAGCAGAACUACGCUCAACUGGAUCGGGAAGGACUAGCAUUGGUGUUUGCGGUAGAAAAAUUUCACCAGUACGUCGCAGGUAGGAGUUUCAAGAUAUACACCGAUCAUCGACCGCUGCUUGGCAUAAUGGGGCAACACAAGCCAAUGCCUGGAAUGCUGUCGUCAAGGAUGACGAGAUGGUGUCUGAAAUUAGGGUGCUAUGAUUACGACUUCUGCUAUCGGAAGGGCACCACAAACCAAAAUGCCGACGCCUUCAGUAGACUGCCGUUGCCAUCCAUGACCGAUGAACCGUAUAGACCAGGUGACGUGGUCCUGUUGGACACGUUAGAAGGACCUGUUCUCACGGCUAACACUCUAGAAAAGAUGACUCAGCAAGAUCCGAUGCUGUCAGCAGUUCACAGAGCAUUGCGAAACGGUAGCCUUCACAAGUUACGGGGACAAGGCUUUGACCAAUACAAGAUACGUCGUCGGGAGCUGGCUACGGAAGGUGAUUGUGCUGGAAGGGGCAUAGUCACAAUGAAAGCUUGUGCUCGAAGCUACAUGUGGUGGCCGGGAAUCGAUCGUGACAUUGAGCAACUCGUACGCGGCUGCUCCAAAUGCCAGGUCGAUCGUCGCUCUCCGCCCCGAGCUCCGCCACCGCUGUGGACAAGACCGACGGAACCCUGGAAGACCAUUCACAUCGACUUCGCCGGACCGGUCGACGGGCGAACGUAUCUACUUGUUGUUGACGCCUACACGAAGUUGCUGGAAGUUAUGCGAAUGACAAGUACUACGGCCGCCGCUGUGAUUGAACAGCUAGAAACCAAGAGAUUUUUCAAAGCAAAUGGCGUCGAGCAUCGCACAAGUGCUCCGUAUCACCCGGCCACUAACGGCCAAGUAAAGCGCAUGGUGGCGGAACUGAAGAGGGUUCUGAAACGGGAUAGUGCGGGACACGUUGACAAGUGCCUGGCGCGGUUUAUGUUCAAGCAGCAUACUACAAUCAACGCCACCACAGGCAAGUCACCAGCAGCCAUGAUGUUCAGCAGGGAGCUUCCGUCGCCGCUGUCGGCGUUGAAACCAAGUGACCAUCGGAGUUCAAUGGGGGAGGACGAGGAGGAAGCUGGGUCACGUUACGCGCUGUUCAAGCCAUCGAUGAGAGUCUACAUUAGAAACUUCACAGGAGGUCGUCAGUGGAUACCGGGUCAGCUACUUGAUCGGAUGGGUUGGCGGUUGUAG